UGUAUAUAUAUACCAGCGGAGUAUUCAUUGGAAUACAUAACCACCUUCACAAGCAUCAUAUAGCAUAUGGACAUCGAGUCCAAUCCUGGCCCGGGGCGUGGAGAGCUUUCAAUAUUUCACCUUAAUAUACGAAGUGUUAGGAAUAAAUUAGACUACAUAGAGGAUAUAUCUGUAACUGAAUCUACAACAACUGAAGAGGGAAAGCGUUUUAGAGUUCCACAAUUUCAGGACGCCAUGACAACGAACCCGAAUGGAAAUAUCGUCUACACCGCGACAUACAUGGGAUUCGUGAUGUCAAAUUAAGGUUCCACGUGUGAGGCUGAGCUCAUAUUCUGUUGCAUUAUUCUUUGGACACGACGACGCUAUCUUACAGAUUGAUUGCUUCCAACAAUAGAGUGACGUCAUUAAGAAGUUUACGGAACGACAGGUUUCCUUCAAUGCUACCGUCGCCUGACGCAUCAAUAUUGAUAGCGGCCACGCCCACCAACAAGACAAUUACGGACUGAUUUGAUGGUGAUGCAGUAAAACGCUAAUACUUCUCUUAUUUUCAAGGAGAGUCUUAUUGCAAAUUCCUGUUCAAUAUAACAACUUCAACUAUAUAUCAGCGUUUGGACCGAAUGAAGGAAUUACUUAACCCAGGAAUAUUCAAACAUUUAAAAUCUGUAAUUGACAACGCGAUCAGUGUCACGACGUCAGUUCUCCAAAUACCAAUCAGAGUUCGUUCUUAAAGGUGAAUAGUCGAACAUAAAUAACUAUUCUACAACAAUUAGUAAAUCCGUACUAUAAAUAUUUAACAUAUCAUAACAAACUUGUAAGAGUCGGCGUGACCAACACAUUCUAAAUUCAGGAGGUCCCAUAACACGAAAACGUCAGCAAUAUUUUGAUUAUAAAAAUAGUACACCAAUACCAAAACCAUAACAGAUUCGCAGAAUUUAAGUCCGAAAACCCAAAAUGAACAGAUCAGCUAACGAUAUUGUAAAUAAUACAAUGAUAGAAGCAGACUCAAUUCAAAUAAACAGCCUCUUUCCAAUACUUUUUCAAACGAACGAUCCCUACGUCAUAACCCUACACAAAUACAUAAUGCCGAUUUUAGCAGGCUUUGUCUUCAUCUGCAAUUCUUUGACCAUUGCAGUUUUCUGGAAAAUUAAAUUGAGAAACCCCACCCACAUGUUACUGCUUAGUAUCUGUUUGUGUGAUAUGCUCGGUUCCUUUUCGUUCGGGGUUAUCGACGUCUAUGUGUUUUAUUUCGAAGACCACCGUGAUUAUCUCCCUUAUAGAAUAUGUGAACUCUAUACAUUCUUGUAUAAUUUUUUACCAGUGUUUUUUCAUUACUCUUCGACUUAUUUAACCGUUGGACUGGCUAUUGAACGGUAUAUAUGCGUCGUGUAUCCGUUUCGAGCUAAACUGAUAUGCUCUAAAAAGCAUACGUUGAUAUUCAUCCUAUUUUCUGUUCUUUGUUCAGGUGUGUAUCUUACAUUUCAAAUUUAUUCACAUACGUACUAUGCUAACGAAACUAGUUCGUUCUAUCUUACAAACGUAACAGUACAGGCUUGUAGUAUCGAAGUGUCAAACUUCACGUUAUGGUACCUACAUCCGAUUCUCUUUAUACUUCUCCCUCUAGUUAUUCUAAUUUGUAUCGAACCGGCCAUUCUUAAAACAUUAAAAAGGUCCAACUCCUUGAGGACCGCGUCAUCACUCUCUGUGCACAAAUCAUCCCGAAAUCUCUCGGUGAUCACCAUUUGGGUGGUCUCUAUUUUUAUCGUUUGCGAAGUGCCCAUCUUGUUUUACGUCAGCGCUACGUUUGUUUGCCUUGAAUUAGGGUUAUGUUCAUUCUUGCUGACGUCAUCGUGGAUGAUUUACACACAUUACACGGUAACCAUUACUGCCGUUGGUCAACUGUUUAAUUUCAUCAUUUAUAUAACAUGCAAUAGACGCUUCAGACGAGCAUUCGGGAAAACAUUGACAGGUCGCCGAUACCUACUGCAGAGACGUUUCACAGCGGAAAGUUUCUUUCGCGAGACACAACUGUUACGUUCAAGUCGCAGCACUUCUCUUCGAUAAUUUUGUGGUAGAAUAUAUGACUCAUGUGUCACCAGACAAUACUCUUUUAUAUGUUUGCAUUUAUUUAUUACUUUAAAACCAGACGACAUACUUGAUUUUAGUCUCGUUCAACCAGGCGUUUGUUGUCUGCGCAAGUUACUCCGAACAGAGACAAGUGAUAAAGCGUCUGGUUGAACGAGACUAUACUUGAUUUGGUUUCAGGCGCAAUAUCAACCGCUGAACGGAUCUAAAUCCGGAUAGUUUUACGGGCUUUGAUGUCAUGGGUUAUGAUGGUGAGGUCAAAAAUCUAUCGUAUUCUCAACAAGUAUAUAAAACUGUAUUUUAAGUGAUGAACAUGUUAAAAUAGAGAAAAAAUAACUAAGCAAACAAAUAUACGAAAUAAAUGUUAUUUGUGUGUUUUACGUUCUUGCCGGAAGUUGUAAAAUUCAAGCAGAAUAAAGAAACGAAACGAUAUGGACAAAUUCUUUAAAUUCUAAACAUUUGUGAGAACAGAAUCUGAUUUUGGCAAGUUCAACAGUUCAUGUCUGCUACACUAUUGGGCGCUGAAUUUGUUUGUGUACAUGUAACGUGUAUUAUUGCACCAUAUUUUUCCGUCAUUUUUAUUGUGUCUAUACUUGGUAAAUGUUAGGUGGCUUUUUUAAAAUGAUCUGGCUUUUGUAAUAUUUUCUGUCUAUUAGAACACGAGUAAUAAGCGUGUUCUACCGGACAAGUGAAAUAAAAAUAGUAAGA